AUGGUCGCAGACCCUCGUUCUCAUCUCCAGCAUGAACCUCAUCUCCAACCCAUAAACUUAUUCCUCCCCCCACUCACCCUCCUCCAUGCACUCUCCCUACACCCACUAGUCCACCGCGAGCCACCACUCACACUGAGUCUCAUCCUCUCUUCUUCCCCUAGCCCUAAAUCGUGCCCAAUCCCUGCUCAUACCACCAACACCACGCGCCACCUCUAUAGUCACAGCCCCAGCCUCCACUUCAAUACCCUUUUCCCUCACCCACCAAACCUCCCCCAACAUUGUCAACCCAAAUCCCAACAUCACCAUCGCCCAACACCAUCCUUGGUUGCACGUCAUCGUGACCAAUCGCUAGCCCAAAUCACCACUCUUAUGCCCACCACGCUUCCACAAGCCACCACAGUUCCCGAUUCCCUAACCAUCGCGCCUUCAACCCAAACUUGCAGAUUUUGCCUUCAAUCUAGCCUCAGCCUCACUACGAGACCCUCUCUGAUAGCAAUCCAGGCCAAUGGGG